AAGCACAGAAGUUUGAAGCUGGACUGCAGUAACUGCAUUUCUUUAUAUACAGAGAAUGCAAAACAAUGAGGAACCAUAUAACACCGGGCAGUACCCAUCAGGACCUCAUGGAAAGAAAUCUCCACGGUUACAUAAGUGUGCCCGAUGCAGAAAUCAUGGAUAUGCCACUCCUCUGAAGGGACAUAAGCGCUUCUGUAUCUGGAGGGAUUGCCAGUGCCAAAAGUGCAGCCUAAUAACGGAGAGACAACGGGUUAUUGCGGCACAGGUUGCAUUGCAAAGACAGCAAGCUCAGGAAGAGGAGCUAGGAAUAUACCAUCCUAUUCCUUUGCCCAUUGCAGCUGUGAUAAAAAGGGAGCAUGGUGGUAGCAGCUCUCAAUUGAUGCUGGAAAGCAGUUCCACACAGACAACCAGCACACCCACUUCAGCUGAAUGGAUCAAGGAAGAAGAGGUGGCUAAACCUGCUGCAGGUCUUUUCGCACCUCCACCAUCAUCUGAAGAGAUGGGCAUGACACUGGCAGCAGUUGGAGCUGCUGAUGCUGCAACACAGACUGAUCAGCCAGGCCACCUCUUCAAUAUGAUGUCUGCGAUGAUCCAGCAGCUCAUGGACAUGAGCUGGGAACUCCAACAAGGAUGGAUUUAAUUAAUAGUUUGAGGGAUAACACUCCUCGUCUAGUAGUCUUUUAGUUGUAUGCACUAUUGUGCCCUAUGUUGUAUGCACUGAUGUGCCUUAUCUUUUUUUUUCUAUAGUAAAAAAUCUGUUCAAACCUGUA